AUAAAACAUGGUGAAGACGUCAUCUCUCUCUAUUGCGAACCUAACAGGAUGGCGCGCAUCUUAAUUCUGCUAUCAAGCCUCGUCUCCAUUGCAUAUGGCGUGCGGGUGGUGUCCGAACCCAACAAGAUCUACCUGGGCGUGCCCGGCCCACUGGUCAUCAACUGCACCACCUCAGACUGGAGCGACAACAAGAGAGUGACCCUCGACUCCAUCACCCUGCUGACCGCCACAGUGGGCGGAGGGCGGGAUUUUGACGAGGUGGUCACCCUCACCGCUAACGGUACCGUCGGGCUCGUGUCCCAAGACGUCCAGGCUUCUGCUGAGGGCUUCAUCGGCAUUGAGGAGUCUUGGCUGAGUCUCACUUUCCAGAACCCGAGUCACAAUGACGCCAGGAUGUAUAUCUGCAUGGUGAAGGGGCUGUAUAGAAACGGGGACGUAGUCUUGAGAGAGAACAGCAUCGUGACUGAAAUCAACGCCGACUAUCUCAGCAAGGUGGUGGAGGACCUUCAAACCAGAUCAGAGAACCUACAGAGACAAUCCCAAGACAACAGCGAGGGAAUUAAAAGUCUGGCAGCACAAGAAUCAGAACUGGCAGCGCAAAUUGAAGAAGCUAAACAAGCCAUUAAUGUAAGUUUGAACGGGCUGAAAAACCUAGUCGAGAGUUUCAACGCCAUGCAGUCUUCUGAUAUAGCCACCACGGAGAGGAUUGACGCGUCUCUGAAAAGUGUCAACGAAGCUGUGGAGCGCCUGGAGUCAGCUCAAGAAGUGGCCAAAAACAGCUACACCCAGCAACUUACAGAUUUGGCCACAAGAGUGGCCAGUUUACAGGCCGCACAAGAUGCACUGACAAAACAAGACGAAGAUUUUAGAAUGAGGUUCGACAGAUCCGCAGCUGCUGGGUUCGAGAUUUCUGGAGUUUUUGAUGGCAGAAGAUACCUCUUGUCUAGAAGAUCUGGAGAUAACACAUACAACACUGCUAAACGUCUGUGUGCUCUCUAUGGCGGGUAUCUGACGGAGCUUAGCAGCUCCCAGGAGCUUAGCUUCAUCAGAGGUUUUAUAAAUAGCUACACUGAUUUCGGCACGGUGCUCAUCGACGGAAGUGACACAAGAACCGGAAAGUGGGAGUCCACGCGCACCAAUCAGCCGCUGGCUUACUACGAAUGGGCGCAGGGUCAGCCUGACAAAUGGGGCUCGAACCCACACUGUCUGGUGUUGUGGCGGGACCAGUCUUGGAAGAUGGACGACACCGAUUGUCUACAAAACUCGGUCUCUGCCAGAUUUUUGUGCGAGGUCCCACAGUAAAGGCCGUACUGCACAUUGUUUGUCUAGUUAACAAUUUUUAAAAGUUCUUCGAUUACAUUAUUUCUGGCUGCAAAUAAAUUAUACCAAAAUAAAUUUGAAUUUAAAUGUAUUUCGACCGAAGCAAUUAAAUAAUUUUGAAUUUAAAAAUAAAACAAUGAGAAGUGAUAUAUCCACUUCUUUCUUUCUUCAAAA